GGGUGGGGAGAGGUGGAGAGUGAGUUGGACAGACAGGCAUCAGCUGAUGCUGGGACCAUGGAGGGGACAGAGGAUAUUUAUGUAAAUCAAGAUCUGCCUUCCAAGCCAAGAGCUAAGAAGAAGGAGGCCAGAACAGGUGCCCAGAGAUUUACAGAUGAGGAUUACCCCGACUAUGAGAACAUCUCAAUACCCUCAAGGAGCAAGGAUGGUGCUCUGGAGAGUCAAUCAGUGCCCAUCCAGUGUGCCCCGAGCAAACGCCCAGGACCCUCCUCCACGCAGAAAUUGAUCCUGUGUCUUUACCUCCUCCUGGGCCUGAGCUUCCUGCUGGGCAUUAUUCUCUUGUCCCUGGUCCUGGUGAAAAGCUCUGAGUUUUCCCAGAAGCUCAACAUUUUGAAGUGGGAGCUGUGGAAUGUUUCUAGCACCCUCCACAAGGAGCAUGAGAACAUAAAGAAAUUGGAGACUGAGAUUGCUGCAAUAAAUAAAAAAACUAAUUCCUAUGAAAAGAUGGCAAGCCAGCUUAGAUCAGACCUGACCAAAAAUACUAAUACCUUGGAUCGUUUGAAGAAUCAAGUGGAAAAUUUGAAUAAGGCUCCACAACCAGGACCAAAUCCCAGUGCUAAUUCAACCUGAUAAUGAAGGAGACAAGGCUUCCAUCUGGGAAACGGGGCUUGUCCUAGAAGUUGGUGAGGUUGGAUCCCUCUGGCCUCAGUUUCCCUCUUGUGAUAUGGGUGUGUUUGUGUACUUGUGAUCAGUAUGUAAUGUGCUUUAAGGUACUCAAAGGAAAAGAAAAAUUAAACUUUGGACAUCAUUCUCCA